UUGCAAAUUGGCACAGUCAGGCACAAUUGAACCGUUCAACGUGUCAUACAGUAAGUCAGUCACAACAAACUGGUUUGAAAAUCAUAACUUGUUCUCGUAAGAGGUUGCUAUAGGAAGCUAGGUUUGUGUAGAAUUUCUUAAGCAUAAUUUUUAUAAUGAUUUUGUUUAAUGACUAUCAAAACGGGCUUUAUAUGCAUGGUGUAUUGGUAUAUAUUUGUGACAUUUGUUUGCAAGUUAUGUAACUACACAGUGUGUAAAAUGUAUCAUUUGUCAAAAUAUUAAUGCCAGAUUUUUCUAUUGAAAUAAAUAUGGUACAAUAAAAAUUUAUCUCUGAUAUUGUGAUAUAUGAAUUAAAAUCUUAUAUACCUAAUUUUUAACCCAUUAAGCUGCAAUGUGUCCCAAUGCACCCUUUGAUCAUUGAUAUUUUACUAUGACUAAUCAUGGGUUAGACAUGGUAAAAUAAUACUUGCCCUUGUCUAAAUUAGUAAGUGUUAAUCUGCCCUAUUCUUUUCACUCCGUCUAAUGCCAGAUGAUUUUACUUGUGAGGGGAAAUUGAUGCCAAUGAGUUUGUUUGUAUAUGCUUGUGAGAUUCUACCACAAACUAUAGACAUGACAGUUUUGUGUUAAUUUUUAGUAUUCAUAGAUCAAGAUGGUUGAUUCAAAUUGUAUGACACUGACUAGAUUUGUCCUCAAUGAACAACGCAGUCAUCCUGAAGCCUCAGGAGAUCUCACUCAACUUCUGAAUGCCCUCAUGACUGCAAUCAAAGCUGUGUCUACUGCUGUCAGGAAAGCUGGUAUUGCUAAACUGUAAGCUAUUGAAGGUGGUGAUUAUUAGAGAGGUUCAGAUUUCACUACCAUUACGUAACCAAUCAGAUGUGUUUAAUCUACCCAGUUAACCAAUCAGAAGUGUAUUAAGUAUUUAGUGAGAGGCAGUGCAUGGUAGUUAAACCUGAACAUCUUUAUUGUAAUUAUGCGUGAUUUUUCUUUUUUCUAACAAACAACUUCCGGCCAACAAGUUGUAAGGGUUAUAAGUUACAACUUUAAUACCAUUCUACCACCAUGAUGACAUCACAUCAGUGAUGUUUUUCAAAUUCUAAAAGCUGAGGAACACUAGUGAAAAUUACAUGGGCAUGGUCACUUAGUUGGGCAUGGUCACUUAAUUCGGCACAUAUAAUAUAUACAUAGUAUUACAUAGUACAUAGCUUUUUCUACCUGUGCAGUGUUGUUGACUACUAGGUGAUCUCGUGUUCGUAUUUUAGCCAAUCAGCGCUCAGAAAGGGUUGUCCGAAUAGAAAUCCAUUUUGAUGUAUUCAGUUAAUUAUAUCUUUCGUUAUUCUUUAUGAAACUAGUUGAAAUUUUGUAAUUAUGUUUGGUUAUGAGAACUAUAGCUCUGACAAAAAUAUGGAAUCGAAAUAAAGUAUAUUACAGGAGAUAUUCAGUUGUUUUAAUCAUAAAAUGGAUUUCUAUUUGACAACUGGUGCCAGUACUUUUCCGCGUAUCAAGAUCAUCUGAUACUGUCUGUUCUGUCAGAGAGAAUGCCGGUCCCCAUGUUUGAGUUUUGUCAGAAGGGAAUGCUGUUCCCCAAUGAAAAUAGUGGGAGGAUGGUGUUCCUCCUGGGAAACAUCACAACCCCACUGGGAAACAUCACUACAUCACAUGCAUUUCAAUUUAGGUAUGGGAUAUCAGGUGUAACAAACGUCCAAGGUGAAACACAACAGAAGCUGGACGUCAUUGCCAAUGAACUGUUUAUAAACAUGUUGAAGUCAUCAUUUCAGACAUGUUUACUGGUAUCUGAAGAAAAUGACACGGUUAUAGAGGUUGAAACAGAACAACAGGGAAAAUAUAUUGUGUAUUUUGAUCCAUUGGAUGGUUCAUCAAACAUUGAAUGUCUAGUUUCAAUUGGUUCAAUUUUUGGCAUUGCAAAAAAGGUAUCUAACUCAUGAGAACUACAUUUUGGGACUGCAAGAAUAUUCAUUGUUACCAAGAAAGUUUUCCUGUAAUUUUCAAGUUGCAGCCUCUAAAAACUAAAUUACCAGUUACAUAUUCAUGUUCCAUUAUUUAAGAUUAAGUUACAAACUUUCAUCUGAUCGUAUUUUUUAGCCAACUGAUGGUCCGAUCAUGCAGAAAGAUGCUUUAAUCCCAGGCCGUGAUUUUGUUGCUGCUGGUUAUGCUUUGUAUGGUAGUGCAACCAUGGUUGUUCUUAGUACUGGCAAUGGUGUGAAUGGCUUUACCCUUGAUCCGGUAAGACAUUAGACCAUAUGUGGCUUUGACCAAGUGGUACAUUGCAGUGGUGGAAAGUUGCAGCGGUCGCCCCCACCUUCACAGAAAAUGACAAAUUUUCGGAAAUCUGACUGCUAAAAGAGGGCUAAAAACAGCCUUUCCGACUGCAAAUGGGGGGUUUGUCGGAAAUUUGAAAGUUUUUUCCGAAAAUUUAGGAGGCUUUGCCCCCCCCCCCCACCUAAAAAAGUGAAUUUCCGCCACUGGUACAGUGUACAACGUCACUUGCUCCCAUACACCAUGUUACAUGGGGCAUUUUUGCUGCAACUCGCAACAGCAAUGUUAGCUAUUGUAUUGUAUUGUAUUGUAUUGUUCUAACUUCUGUAUUUCUUCUGUUCAGUCAAUCGGAGAGUUCGUGUUAACAGACCGUAAUAUCAAGAUCAAACCGCGUGGAAAGAUUUAUAGUAUCAAUGAAGGAUAUUAUAAAUAUUUUGAUCAAGAAACCAAGGAUUACGUUGAGUCCGUCAAAAAUCCCAAGGUAUAAGCCCGAGCCAUUGCGAAGAGUCAGUUCCAGUGGCAGUGUCGUCAUUGGACAUUUCCUCCUAUACGAUUAGAUUUCUAUAGAGUAUAGCGCAAAUUUACAUGUGGAUAUAUCUGAUCAAAUGCGCUUGCCUUUACAUCAAGUAUUAUACAAUACCUAGUUACCUACUUAGCCUCACGCGUAAAAAUUGAGAAAAUCAACAACUUGUUGCAAGUUGAUAUCGACAGGCGUGAACAAUGUUGUGCGGCCCACUAUAUGAACAGUAUUGUCAACAUGUUGUUGCAGCAUUGUUCAACUGUAACAACUUGGAACAACAUGGUUGACAACUUGUUCAUAGUUGGCCGCACAACAUUGUUCACGCCUAUCGAUAUCAACUUGCAACAACCUGUGCGUUCUUAGCCGUGUAGAUUAUUUUAUCUUUACAACAAUUGUGAUCUCACCCGGAGAAACCCACGACUUUCGACAUAGCGUUGACGGACACGACGCCAUAGACGCCCCCACCAACCUGAAAUCACCUGCUAACCGUGGCUAUACAGUGUUUAUAAGCAUACCGGUGUUAGGUAUACUACUUGUAAACACAUAUUAACACUGGACUAAUAAGGGAUUACACUUACUUGGCCUCUUGGGAGAACUAACAGUUAAAACUGUUAGAAGUAUCCAGUAUAAGUAAGGUUUAGCUUUAGUUGUAGGCAAGAGCUUAUCUUUAUUUGAUUUCUAAUCUCGUUGUAGGAUGGCAAAUCACCGUAUGGUGCUCGUUAUGUAGGGUCAAUGGUAUCCGAUAUGCACAGAACGCUGGUUUACGGAGGGAUAUUUAUGUAUCCCGCUAACAGCAAGAGUCCCGAAGGAAAGGUAAGUUAAUGUAAGGUUGUCCCAAAGAACGCAUGUGCAUCGUACGCAUUUUUCAUUUACUGCCCAUUUUCAGUUUCAAGGCUAAAUCCCAGCUCAAGUUGUAUGCGUUUGACAGCCAGCGACUCUGAUCAACUUUGGGCUGGUUCAGAUUUUAUCUUGUUAAUGCGAGUUUUCGCUACGCCCACGGUAAUAUCCAGUCGACUCUCAUAAAUUCUUGUGCAACUCUUGUUCUUGUUUGACCGUGGCAUGACAGUUACGAAAACUCUCAUGCAAACUCUCGCUUCUCAACUCUCAUGCAACUCUUGUUCUGGUUUGACCGGGGCAUGAGAGUUGAGAAAACUCUCAUGCAAACUCUCGCUUCUCAACUCUCAUCAAUUCUCAUGCAACAGUCUUGUUCUUGUUCGACCGGGACAUGAGAGUUGAGAAAACUCUCAUGCGAACUCUCGCUUCUCAACUCUCAUCAACUCUCAUGCAACUCUUGUUCUCGUUCGACCGGGACAUGAGAGUUGAGAAAACUCUCAUGCUUUCUCUCACUUUUCAACUCUCAUCAACUCUCUAAUUAAUUAAUAAUAAAAAAUUGAGUAUUACAUCCCAUUCUUAGGAAUCACGUGAACCUCGUACCCAGAGCUUCUGGUCUGCUCUUGCGAAAGCCCUGUGUACGAAGUUGGAAUAACUUCAACUCCCAUUCUCGUUUGACCGAGGCGUAACUCGUUAUUUUUUUUAGCUCCGUCUGAUGUACGAGUGCAACCCUAUGGCGUUCAUUGUGAGCCAGGCUGGAGGAAUGGCGACGAAUGGCAAGAUUGAUAUUUUAGAUAUAGUUCCAAAAACUAUCCAUGAACGUGCUCCAAUUGUUAUUGGAUCGCCUGAAGAUGUCAAAGAAUAUUUAACUUUUGUCAAGCACUAGUUACGAGAGCUAGCAAGUUGUUAUGCUUUUUUUACUAUAUUGAUAGAGUUAAUGGACUAUAUGGAAAAUUGUGCUGUGACAUUAGAAAUUAACUUCUUGUAACUGAGCUAACUUGGAGGAACUAUAAAGGGCCAUUUCCACUGAGGAAAAUUUUCCGCAGAAAGAAAAUUUUGUAAAAUGUGAUUGGCCGACUCAAAUUUUCCGUGAGAAAAAGAUUUUGAAGUUGAAAAUGUUCAAUGAUAUUUUCGUAAAAUUUUCUGUUCGUGGAAAUUUUUCUCGAGUGGAAGUGGGCCUGGACUUAUUCAAAUAUAGCAUACAUGUUCAAUACUGUAACGUUUGUGAAGAAGUGGCGGUUUUGCGAGUUAUGACAAGGGGAUCUCGUGUUCGUAUUUUAGCCAAUCAGCGCUCAGAAAGGGUUGUCCGAAUAGAAAUCCAUUUUGAUGUAUUCAGUCAAUUAUAUCUUUCGUUAUUCUUUAUGAAACUAGUUGAAAUUUUGUAAUUAUGUUUGGUUAUGAGAACUAUAGCUCUGACAAAAAUUUGGAAUCGAAAUAAAGUAUAUUACAGGAGAUAUUCAGUUGUUUUAAUCAUAAAAUGGAUUUCUAUUUGACAACUAGUGCCAGUACUUUUCCGCGUAUCAAGAUCACCUGGGAUUGAGUGAUAGUUGCAUUAAAGGCCUGUUUACACUUUCUGCAAUUUCUGCUGCGAUCUUCUUCUGAUGGAUGUGAACGAGUGGAUGAGUUACAAUGUUCAGGGUACAUCAGUGUAUGCAUCGGUACAUUAGCGUACAUGAGUGACAUACACUUGUAUUAUUUUUCUUGCAACUUGCAAAUCUUGCAAUGCAAUUCUACUCUUGACUCUUGAGAGAUGUUAAUUAGUGAAAUCAGUGAAGAAUUUUCGAUAUGUUGAGAAAACAUCAGUGGAGUGUAAUGAAGACUCGUAUUUGGCGAUUUUACAUCUCUCAAGAGUAGAAUUGCAUUGCAAGUUGCACGAAAAAUUGCACCGUGUAACAUGGCCUUUAUUUACUCGUUCACAUGUCAUGCAUCAGAAGACGAAAAUAGCACUUGGAAUCACAGCAAAACUUGCAUGUGUAAACUGGCCUUUACUCCUUUAGUCUUCUUAGCAAUGUUGUACUGCGCAAAAUUAUGUCGUAUUUGUAUAAAAGUUAAAAAUACCUGAAAAAAUUAACUUGUUCAAACUGACUUGUGUAUUGAGAACUUAAUCAAAUCGUAAAUGUUUUAAAACCAAAAUCAAACCCCAUCCAUGCUGUUGGCCUGAUAUGAACAGGCCUUAUCUAAUAUUAUCUACGAAUAAUUCAAUACAUACUUACACAAUUUUAAAAUUAUCCAUCAAAUUCGAGGCGAAUAUAACUUAAUGUUGUAUAUGGUUUCUGAGUAUAUUUAAAUCGCUUGGCGAUUUGUCUAAACUAUAUAGUUCAACUAUAUGUCUAUGUAUAAAUUAUACAGUAUUUCUAAAAUCACGCACGCAUGGUCAUUUUUCAUUAUUUAGUUCCUUGACCUUGUCAAGCAAUUUUUCCUACUACAAUAUAACCUAACCUUCAGCAAAUCUAAAACAUGUUCUUGAAUUAUUAUAUACAUAAAAAAUAUAUUAUAAAUUUCUUCAAGUUAAUCAACGUAUUACUUUGUUCAUAAAAACCUCGAAAGUAUAUAGAACCUAAAUCUAUGAAUCUGUUCAAACGGGAUCGGAACAGUUCUGAAAAUUGCACGAUUUACCUACUCAUAAAAAAAUUUAAAAAUAUUUCGGGAAAAGUUCUGAAAUUCCCAGAAUCCCAAAUACUUCCCACAAAAUUGCUAAAAAUUUCUCAUGUGAAUAAAUUAUUCGUUCGGUCUCGUGUUGGAAUGUCGUUUUAAAGUCCAACUAAUCCCAAAUAUAAUUUUUGGUAUGCGGAAUGUUUGACAGUGAAAAAGUUGAUGAAUUCAUGCAGGUUUGUUACUACAAAGAUAAAUGCCAUUUUUUAGAACGAUUCAAAUAGUACAUAUGACAAAAAUCUUAUUGGUGGUAAUUUUGAUCAAUUUUGGUAUAUGUUUGGUAUCUUUGGUAUGGUAUGUUUGAGAGCUAUUAGAGAGGUUCAGAUUGACCCGCACUACCGCUACCAUAAAGGGUCCAUUAACCAAUCAGAUGCGUUUGAUAUAUCCGAUUAACCAAUCAGAUGCGUUUGAUAUAUCCAUUUAACCAAUCAGAUGCGUUUGAUAUUUCACAAUUUGAAAUUCCCGGAGGAAUGGUAUAUAAUGGUUUAUAAUAUAGCAUGCCAUUGAGUUAUAUCAACACGGCUCUUAGCCAAUCAGUGUUCAUAAUUUACAAAUGCUAGAUUAUAAUUAACCAAUCAGAUGCGUUUGAUAUAUCCAUUUAACCAAUCAGAUGCGUACUAAGCCAGUGAUAGGUAGUGGUAGUCAAAUCUGAACAUCAUUAUUUUACCUUGCGCGCCAUCUCAGUGUAAUCACGAUGCUUUUUCUAAGUCCUUGUGGUAUUUAUAAAAUUCUCUGAAAUCAUCACUCCCCCAUCUUUCCCAGACGCAGACCUGAUAUUUCUCACUCCUUGCUUCAUCCUCCUCGACAGCUGCGGCUGCUGGUAUGGUUCCAGGAUGCGAUCGCAAAAACUGAUGAAUUGGUGACUUCAAUGUGACAAACGAUCGUUUGGCAGGCACCGUUCUGCUCGCUCGUUCCUUACUCGGGCCACGCUCGCGAAAUAAUCGAGAACAACUGACAACCUUAUCGCCACCGACGCGUAUCAUGGUGUGGACACCUUUAUUUGCAUGUCCACGUUCAGUGCCCAAAGUUAAAACUGCGUGUACUAGACCAUAUUCCCGACUCUCUACUUCACCAGAUAUAUCGAUAAUGACAAUAUCUCCCGUUUCUCGCCCCACCCAUAAAUUACCGUCUACUAUUAAGGCACAAGUAAUACGACGGUCAGUGUUAUUCAUAACCUGA